CAAAAGCCAACAAGCAACAUCCAUUUCUAAGGUUGAAUCCAAGCUGUCACCCAAGUCGAUGAUUCAGAAGCAUUUCAAAGGAUGGAAGAACUCUUUGGAUCCCCAAAACUUCAAUCUUCUUACUAUAUUGAAGUUUUGUCAAGGAAAAGAUGAUUUCAUGUUUGACAAAUCCACAGAGCACACAUUCAUAUCCAAAUUUGUCUCGCACCUUGCAAAAACAAGUGAUGGAGACUGGAGGAGAGCUGCUUCUCUCCUUGACAGUGCGAUACUAAAGGUCAGAGGCAACCCGUCUCAGCACCAAGAGCAACUUGUUCAUUCGCAGCCUCCGAUGACCUGCAUUGCCACAUUUCAGUAUCAAAAAGUAAUACUUCUUUCCUACUUGCAGUGGCAAGCUAAUUGUGAAGAUGUGAAGUUGUUUUGGCAGACUACAGAAUCUGAGCAAAUUGAUGCAGACAUUCAUCUCAUGGGAAAGAAGAUGGAAUGA